CACCUACAGAGUUUAGCCAACCACCAAUAAACACCAGUAGAAGACGAAACUGCUUUACAUGAAGAACAACCCAGCUGUCCGUCCAGAACCGCAGUGUUGACCCUCUUCUGCAUGUUUGCUAUCAGACUGAAGAAAAAUGGCUCCAAAAAGACUGAGGCUUGAUCGGGAGGCCAUCUCCUGUUCCAUCUGUUUGGAUCUUCUGAAGGAUCCAGUGACUAUUCCCUGUGGACACAGCUACUGUAUGAAAUGUAUUAAAGACCACUGGGACGGAGAAGAUCAGAAGGGAUUCUACAGCUGCCCUCAGUGUAGAAGACUUUUUAUACCGAGGCCUGACCUGGUGAAGAACAUUGUGUUGGCAAACUUGGUGGAGGAUCUGAAGAAGACUGGACUCCAAGCUGCUCCAGCUGAUCACUGCUAUGCUGGACCUGAAGAUGUGGCCUGUGAUGUCUGCACUGGGAGGAAGAUGAAAGCUGCUAAAUCCUGUCUGGUCUGUUUGGCAUCUUAUUGUGAUAAUCACCUCCAACCUCACUAUGAUGCUGCUCCUUUAAGAAAACACAAGCUGGUGGAGCCCUCCAAGAACCUUCAGAGAAACGUCUCCUCAAACCAGAAGGUGAUGACGAUGUUAUUGGUGGACCAGGAAUCACUUUCACCAGAAGCAGAAAGGACUGAGAAGCAGAAGGAGCUCCAGGUGAGUCGACAACAAAUCCAGCAGAAAAUCCAGGACCAAGAAAAAGAUCUGAAGCUGCUUCAUCAGGAGGUGGAGACCAUCAUUGUCUCUGCUGGUAAAGCAGUGGAGGACAGUGAGAAGAUCUUCACUAACCUGAUUCAUCUCAUUCAGAAAAGAAGAUCUGAUGUGAAGCAGCAGAUCAGAUCCCAGCAGGAAACUGAAGUGAGUCGAGUCAAAGAUCUUCAGGAGAAGCUGGAGCAGGAGAUCACUGAGCUGAAGAGGAAAGAUGCUGAACUGGAGCAGCUCUCAAAGACAGAGGAUCACAGCCAGUUUCUCCACAACUACCCCUCACUGUCAGCACUCAGUGAGUCUACACACUCAUCCAGCAUCAAUAUUCGUCCUCUGAGAUACUUUGAGGAUGUGACAGCAGCUGUGUCAGAGCUCAGAGAUAAACUACAGGACAUCCUGAGAGAAGACUGUAGAAACAUCUCUGUGCUUGUGUGUGAUGUGGACGUUUUAGUGUUGCGUCCAGAACCGGAGACCCGGAGUGACUUCCUGAUGUACGCCAGAGAAAUGACGUUUGAUCCAAACUCGGCCAACGUGGAGUUGGUGCUUUCUGAAUCCAACAGAAAAGUGAAAUUUCUGAAAGAAAAAAGGCCAUAUGUUCACCAUCCAGAGAGGUUCACCUUCUACUGUGAGGUCCUGAGUAAGGAGAGUCUGGUCGGGCGCAGCUACUGGGAGGUGGAGAAGAGAGGUGGAGGAGUGGAAGUGGGAGUUGCCUACAAGAGCAUCAGAAGAGCUGGGAGAUUUGUUGAAAUAUUGUUGGGCUUCAAUGAGAAAUCCUGGUCUUUGAACUUAACUCGGAACAUGUAUGCUGUUUGGCACAAUGGAGAUGACAUUCAGGUCCCAGAACCCACUUCCAACAGAAUAGGAGUGUAUGUGGACCACAGAGCAGGGGUCCUGGCUUUCUACAGCAUCUCUGACACCAUGACUCUCCUCCACAGAUUCCAGACCACCUUCAGUGAGCCUCUUCAUCCCGCGUUCAGGUUCUUCGACUCCAAGGGAGACUCUGUUGAGUUCCUCAGCCUAAAGUGAACCGUUGGGCCCUUUUUUUUUUGUUCUGAAUGUUUUCAGUUUUCUUGGGCUAAAACCAGAAUAAUCUUAUUAUAAAUUUGUCUUUUCAUUCUGAACUGUUUUUUGUCUUCUUUCAAAGCUAAAAAUAUGAUGUUAGCAGAAAUUAUCCAGUCAUGAAGGGGAAAGUUUAUACUUUACAAAGAAAAAUACAACGUUAGCAGGGAAAUGUUAUCAAAGGUAACCAGAGCUGUGUACUUUAAGGAAUACCUCAAGAAAUGGCAUUUAUUCUAGGUAUAUCUUUGUAAGACUUGAUAUUCAAGAAAGCUUUUAGCAAAGCUAGAAACGUUUUAAUUCUCUAGAGGAGAACCAGAAAAGCUAGAUUUUUUCACACCGUAGCCUGAUAGUAAUUGCUUCGUCCAGGCUUACGUUGCUUUAACCUUCAAAUCAAUGAGACUUAAUUUGAUUAACGUUUUAUUUUACUUUCUUUCUUUCUUUAGAAGUCCCAGUCUUAGGAACCUUAUCAGUGAAUCAAAAAACAACUACGCUGAUGAUCUUUCUGGAUUUAAAUUCAGAGAAGAGAAAGUUUGUCAGUCCUGUCUUGUCUUACUAGUCUUCUGUACCAUCUGGUAUCUCCCUUUCUUAUCUGACAACACCCAGUUUGUGUUUUGUUCUGUCAAUAAAAUUUGAUAACGUG